CCAAGGCCCGGCUGGGCUUCUGUGUUGCAAAGAGAAAUAAAGCCCCGGUCUGACCCCAGGGGCUCUGUGUGGCGCUGACAGACCCAAGGCCAGGACACAGCAGAGGCCGGUGCUGGGGAGGGCAGGGCAGCCUGGCAUGGGAAAGAGGAUCCAAUCAGCCUUGCCUCUCUAAGUGUGGUCUGAGAAAGCAAAACACAGACACAGGGAAAGGAGGAGGAGGGACAAGGAGGCAGGAUUGAGAGGGAAAGGGACAGGAAGGUGCCCUGGGCACAGACCCCGCCUCUGACACACAUGACCAGCCAAAGCUCUGGGCCCCAGGAGGAGGCUCAGCACAGAGGGAGGAAGGACAGCAGAGCUGACUCGUCGCAGCAGCCGUGAGCGUUCCUGGAGCUGAAGCUCUUCUGCACAGAGGACAGAGCAGGCAGCAGGGACCAUGGGGCCCCCCUUGGACUCUCCCGACAGACAGCGUGUCCCCUGGCAGGGGCUCCUGCUCACAGUUUCACUUUUAACCCUCUGGAACCCGCCCGCCACUGCCCAAGUCUCUGUGGAAUCCGUGCCGCUCAAUGCUGUGGAGGGGAAGCACGUUCUUCUACUCGUCCACAAUCUGCCACAGGAUACUAUAGGCUACAUCUGGCACAAAGGGGACAGGACGGACAGCAGCUACAGCAUUGCAUCAUAUGUAAUAGACACCAAAACAAACAUCACGGGGCCUGCAUACAGUGGUCGAGAGACAGUUUACCCCAAUGGAUCCCUGCUGUUCCAGCACGCCACCCUGAAGGACACAGGGUACUACACCCUACAACUUAUAAGGAAAAAUCUUCAAAAUGAACAAGUAACUGGACAGUUGCGCGUGUACUCGGAGUUACCCAAACCCUCCAUCACAAGCAACAGCUCCAGCCCCGUGGAAGAUGAGGACUCCGUAGCAUUAACCUGUGAACCCGAGACUCAGGACACCACCUACCUGUGGUGGAUAGACGGCCAGAGGCUCCAAGGCAGUGACAGGCUGGUGACAUCCCUGGACAACAGGACCCUCAUUCUAAUCUUUAUCACAAGGAAUGACACAGGAUCCUAUCAGUGUGAAAACAGGAACCCAGUGAGUGGCAGCCGCAGUGACCCAGUCAACCUGAAUGUGCUCUAUGGCCCCGACGUCCCCACCAUUUCCCCCCCAGACUCCUAUUACCCUCCAGGGGCAAACCUCCACCUCUCCUGCCACGCGGCCUCUAACCCGCCUGCACGGUAUUCCUGGCUUAUCAAUGGGAGUCUCCAGAUACCCACACAAGAGCUCUUUGUCCCCAGCAUCACUGUGAGUCAUAGCGGAUUCUAUGCCUGUGUCGCCUACAACUCUGCCACUGGCCGCAACAGGACCACAAUCAAGAAUAUCACAGUUUCCGAGCCACAGCCAGUGGCACAGCCCUCCAUCCACGCCAGCAGCAGCACAGUCACGGAGGACAAGGACUCUGUGGUCCUGACCUGCCUCACAAGUGACACUGGAAUCUCCAUCCGGUGGAUCUUCAACAACCAAAGUCUGCAGGUGACACAGAGGAUGCAGCUGUCCCAGGGCAACAUCAGUCUCAGCAUAAACCCUGUGGAGAGGGGGGAUGCCGGGGAGUAUCAGUGUGAGGUCUCCAACCCAGUCAGUCACUGCCGAAGUGACAUCUUCAGGCUGACCGUGGAACCAAAAGAAAACGCCCCAGGCGUCCUCGUGGGGGCCAUCGCUGGCAUCGUGAUCGGGGUCCUGGCCGGGGUGACUCUGGUGGCCGCCCUGGGGUGUGUCCUGUUCCUCAGAAGGACUGGAAGGGCCAGUGGCCAGCGUGACCUCAGGGAGCAGCAGCCCCCCAAGUCCACCAGCGGACCUGCUCCCUCUAACAGAGGCACCCCCUCGGUCCCCCAACCUGACCCCAGGACAGCCAGCCCCACCUAUGAGGAACUGCUGCACCCUGACACAAACGUGUACGGCCGCAUCAACCACAGAGCAGAUGUGGCUUCUUAGCUUCCUCCAGGAACUGCCCCUGUGGGCUGAGAGUCCCCUAAGUCCCCAACUCUGUGGAGGGGGCAGGGUGUGGAACCUGAGUAGAGAAUCCGCUAAGCCCUGGCAGGUUCUGUGUCCUGCAGCUGGGGACGGGGGUCCCUCCUGGUGUCCGCAGUCCUGGACAGGCUGCCAGGGCUCUGGCAGGGCCAGGAUAAGGGCUCCUGUCACCACAGGAAGUGCAGCUUCCAGGGACAGUGAAUGGGGCUCGUGGCACCAAGGACCACCUGGAAAGGGCUCAAUAAAGAGGACCCUUCCUUCGAUGGCUCUGUGUCUGCUCAUGGAGACUUAACAGAAAUUGACACCCUCUGUGUGCUCUGUCCCGGGUCACAAAGGGAAAACAUGACCCUUACAUUACCCCAACCCCAGUCUCUCUUUGCUGGGAGACAGGAGGCAGGAGUUGGGAUUCGGGAUGGGGUGGACCACACACAGGGGAGGGUGACAUCCAGGAGGGCCUGCCCAGCCCACAGAGCACUCAGCUGUCCUCAGACCCCCCCCAGGGCACCAGGGACAGCUCCCAGCCUUUGCAGGCCCUUCCCCCCACCACCCCGUGAAUUCGCACUGGGUCUCAGGGGCACAGAAGAGGGGACCACCUGAUGUCCACACGCAGAUGGACGAGGACGGAGCACCCACGGGCAGUCAGCUCAGGUGCGACAUUCUCACCAACAAGCCGGUCAGCGCCCUGAAGCCCAGGGUCACCGUUCCUGAGGAUGUUCCGCUGUUGCUGAGUGUCAUUUGUCAUGAGCUGAGGGUGCAAACUGCACGCGAGCCCCUGGAUGGGGUGGCCCUGCCUGUGCUGUCAGUUCCCGCAGUGACACCCACAGCAGCCGCCGGUCCCGAGACAGAGGUCUCUCCACGCCCCCAGGACCUCUCCAACCUCUCCUUGGUGACAUGCUCAGUUCAGCAUGAAAGAGAGCAGACACAACCGAAAGAUCGCAGCUCCUAAGCCUUUCAAUAGUUCACUGUCAUCACCGUGAACCGUCACCUCCUCCUCCUGGCCAUCAGCACCUCGGACAGUGACUCAGGGAAGCUUCUUCCCAGGAGGGGCACCAGGGAGCUCACGGGUUGGGAGGGACUGUGGGGAAGGCCCCCCGUCUAUCCUACAUGACAAAGAGGCAUGGAGAAAGUUAUUACAGGGGUAAUCUGAUUCUUCUCUGAUUUCUAUAUUGCGAGCCAUCUGCACAUGUCUGGACAUUAGGGUUGAUGACACAUCCAUCGCCAGUCCCUGCAGGGCUGAUUUCUGCACCCGGAGUGUGACCUUGGCGAGGCUGGCAGCCCAUGCUGGCCUCAUGGCGAGUCUCCUAGCCCAGACACUCAGGCCACUGUCUCUGUCUAUAACACACUGGGGACAUUCCAUGAUUAAUUUCUGAGCCCCCGUGCCUGACCUUGGAACCUCACCCAUCACCCAGCCUGGAGCAGCCUCUGAACACAGCGUCCUGCUCCCCGACCCCAGCUGAGCGUCUUUUCAUGUGUUCGUUGACUAUUUGUAUAUCUUCUUCAGAGAAGUGCCUAUUUGCCUAUUUUUAGUGAGCCUGGUGAGGCUCACUGGACACUUGCCUUGGGUGAGGGUGUCAGGACUGGGUGGUUGUCAUUGUUCUGAAGCUUGCAUGACAUGGACACAGGUGUCCAGGGACCCAGAGCACAAGGCCCUGGUGAGGGUCGGGUCGGAUGGGGCUGAGCAGGUUCACGUGGUCAGAGUGGGAAGGACUCCUGGGGAGACGGAGCCUCAACCCCACCUGUCAGAGCUGUGGCUGUGUCCAGGAGAAAUGACAAGGGUGACCCGGGACAGAGACACUGAGUGUGAGGACAGGGCCCAGAGGACCCUGGUGGCUGCUCAGAUGCGGGAUGUUAGGAGCGAUCUGUUCCUGUCCAAGGCACAGAAGCCCCCAGUGUUCAGCGUUUCCCUGCUGACCCUUACACUGGGCAUCCUGGGUGGUGUGAGUGUCACAGGACCAGAAGGGACCAAAAAACACACCAGAGUGGCUUUACCAAGACUAGUCGUGCAAAAUGCUUUUCUCUCAUCAAUCUUAAAUUUGGAAAGGGAAGAGGAGACAACAAUUUUUACCAUCUGCUUGACUGGAGACCAGAGAGGUAGAAAUCGGGAGUCCGACUGGUCAAAAGCUCUUCCCACUUUGCUGGCUGCAUCGGGCCCUGGACACCUGUCACUGCAGCCUCCAGAGAACAGAGCAACGUCGAUGACCCUGCUCGCUGUGCCACACUGUGGGGCAAAGGCAAAACUGUUACCAAAAGUUUGGUCCUCGUCCCCAAGGCCAAAUCAGUGAGAACGAAGAAGGAGGACAAGUGGUUUGAGGAAAAGGAAAGAGAAGUUUAUUAAUUUGCCAGCAAAUGAGGGAGUCAGUGGACUAG